UGUGUCUAUGGCUUACGAUUGGCUAAAAUUACCCAAAAUGUUCAAACUUUAAUAGCUAAUAACUCUUUAUUUAUUGAUUUAUGGCGAAAAUGAUUUUCAUGGCAUUAAUUAGCAUGUAAAAGUGUAUCAUUACACUGACUAUGAAAUCAAUUCGAACAGAAAUUGACCUUGGCAGCCAAACAGAAAAUAUCCUAUAAUUGAAAUUUUGCACUUGGAAUAUUUCGUUAUCGUUAUGCAAAUUAUACGUUGUUCAAUUUAUAUGGAAAGAUACUUGAAACCUGACAAACUGAAUGUAGACCCAAAUUCCACGAAUGCUGAUAAAACUUUUAAUCACUGGUUUAGAACAUUCACCAACUUUAUAGACUCACUACCAGGGCAGGAAGGUAGGAUUAUCGAUAAACUCAAUCUUUUGAUUAUGUGGAACCGAACGUAUACGAAUUCAUCAGUGAAGCUAAGAACUACGAACAAGCUGUGAAUACACUAAAGAGUGUGUACAUUAAACCAAAGAACAUCGUAAUGGCACGCCAUCUUUUAGCCAUAAGAAAACAGAAACCAGGGGAAUCUCUAGACUAGUUCUUAAACUAACUCAAAAUAUUAGCGAAAGACUGUGACUUUGUUGCAGUAAGUGCUGAGCAGGACGUGUACAAUCAAAGAAACUAAUUUCUGAAAAUACACAAUUGGAAAAAGUUGCUGAGCCUUCUAUAGAGAAGGAAAUUUGUGAAAGGACUGACUGUAAACCUAUUGCAGCCAAAUCGCGAAAAUACUCGGAACGUGAUCGAAAAUUCAUCAGGACAGAAGUACGCCGUUUAGUAGAUGAGGACAUUAUUGAACCUAGUAACUCCCCUUGGAGAUCGCAAGUGCUAGUUGUUCAAGAAAAAAAAAAAAAAAAAAAAAAAAAAAAGCGAAGAAUGGUGAUUGACUACUCAGAGACGAUUAACAUAUACACACAGCUUGAUACCUACCCUCUUCCUAAAAUUGAUGAGUUAGUUAACACUAUUGCCAAGUAUAAAGUCUACAGUACUAUAGACUUACGUUCAGCAUACCAUCAAAUUCCUCUAUCAGAGAAAGACCAUCAACUCACUGCCUUUGAAGCUGAUGGUAAGUUAUGGCAUUAUACUAGGAUGCCAUUCGGAGUAACUAACGGCAGUGCAUGUUUCCAACGUAUAAUGGACGAUUUCGUGAGAUACGUUCCCAUUCAUAGACAAUUUAACCAUAUGUGGGAAAGAUCAAAACGACCACGAUGAAAAUUUAGAAAAAUUUGAAAUUGCAGUAAAAAAUGAGGGGCUCACCAUGAAUGAAGACUAAUGCGUUUACUCAACAACAACUCUUAACUUUCUUGGAUACGGUAUCUCACACAAUACCCUCAGCUCUGACCCAGAAAGGUUUGCUCCAGUCUUCAAUCUUCCUAUACCAACUGAUCAGAAACCAUUAAAACGAAUAGUCGGUAUGUUUUCUUAUUAUGCUAAGUGGAUCUCCAAAUUUUUUGGCGGAAUAUAUCCUCUCAAUAACGUACUAAAAUUUCCUCUAAACAGCCAAGUAAAAGUAUAUGAGUCAUUAAAGGUAGAACUAGCCAAUGCUGCCAUUCAAGUAAUAGAUGAGAACAUUCCAUUUACUGUUGAGACGGAUGCUUCGGAUUUUGCUAUAUCUGCGACACUAAAUCAAAAUGCAAGACCAGUCGCUUUCCAUUCUCGCACGCUCCAAGGCAGUGAACAGUACCACUCCUCAGUUGAAAAGGAAGCCGAAGAAAUUAUCGAAUCAAUUCAUCAUUGGAGACACUGUCUUCUAGGUAGACAGUUCACAUUAAUUACUGAUCAACGUUCUGUUGCAUUCAUGCAUAAUUAUAAAGAGACGAGCAAAAUAAAAAUGAUAAAAUUAUGAGAUGGUGCAUUGCGUUAUCUCCAUGCUCAUAUGAUAUUCACUAUCGCCCAGGAUUCAGCAACAUUGCUUCGGAUGCAUUCACAAAGGUACGCUGUUCACAUUAACUUUAUGAGUUACAUGCAGCACUGUGCCAUCCUGGUGUAGUACGUCUUCAUCAUUUCGUCCGCAGUAGAAAUCUUCUAUAUUCGUUAGAGAACGUGAACCAAAUAUGUAGGAAUUGCUCUAUAUGUUAAGAAAUGAAACCACAAUAUCAUAAACCAAACUCAAUUAACUUAAUUAAAGUCAUACAGCCCUUUGAGCGAAUUUCCAUCGAUUUCAAAGGUCCGAUUCCUUCCACGAUGCAUCCUUAUCUCCUAACAAUCAUUGACGAAUACUCUCGGUUUCCGUUUGGUUAUCCAGUAUCUGACACAUCAGCUCAGACUGUAAUAAAGUGUCUUACAGACUUGUUCUCAGUUUUUGGUAUGCUCAGUUAUGUACAUUCCGAUCGUGGAACUGCCUUUAUGUCUACAAGAUUGAGAGAAUGGCACCUCAGUAAGGGCAUUGCAACGAGUAGGACGAUGCCAUACAAUCCCACUGGGAACAGUCAAGUAGAAAGAUAUAAUGGUAUUAUUUGGAAGUCAGUACUACUCUCUUUGAAAACCCGUGCCCUUCCAGUAUCUUUAUGGGGAACAGUUCUUCCACACGCGUUGCAUUCAAUCAGAUCUCUACUUUGUACGUCCACUAAUGCCACUCCUCAUGAACGUCUUUUUAACUAUCAAAGACGUUCAGCAUCAGCAACAUCUAUGCCAACAUGGCUUCUUAACCCAGGACCUGUGCUUGUUCAAAGGAACAAUCGUACUAACAAGUAUGACCCUAUCAUGGACCAAGUUGAUUUAAUCGAAGCCAACUCCCAAUACGCUCACGUCCGUUACCCAGACAGUCGCGAAACUAAAAUAUCCACAAAACAAUUGACAUCACCAGGGAAGAUUAACCCAACUGAUAACCUAACCCAAACAUUUGUCCCUUAAGAGCCAGACAGAGUGCCAACUGAAAUUUCUUCGCCUCCUAGAGAUAACCGUCAAGAACAAAAAGAAGAAUCCUCUCAGCUGCGUCGAUCUCAAAGGAUUCGGAAAGCUCCGGAAAGGCUUGAUCUAUGAUAUUUUUUCUUUCUUUUUUUUUUCUAGGAGGGAUUGAAUGUUAUGCUAAUUAUACGUUGUUCAAUUUGUAAUAGCGAUUUGUAUCUGUUAUGCAAAUUGUGCUAGGAUUCGAGUGACUUCCCUUGAUACAAAGAGUAUGCGCAUUUGACAGGGAAGGAAGAGAGAGAACAGCUAUUUGGAAUAACGUACGUUAAGUCAAGACUAUAAGACACCUUUCUAUUUAGGACUAUAACUAGAAAUUAGUUUCUUUGAUUGUAAUAUAUAAACAGGAUUUACUGGUUAUAUAUUACAAUUAUACAGUAGGAUGUUGAAAGUUAAACCAACGGUUACUAAACUGCCACUCGCGAGCUGUAUGUGACUCGUCUCAAAUUCUAGUUUUACUAAAAUAGCUGUAACAAUCUACCAGACAGGUUUUAAAGCAUAAACAAUUAUAAUGAUGACCUAGUAAAAACCUUCAACACGCAGAAAUGAAUCAAUCUACUUUAGUGAGUAAAAUUACGUAAGGGUAUAUUAAAAAAUAUGUUGCGGCUCUUGAACGUAAAAAAAGUACCAAACAUUUCAUAGGAUCAUUUUGAAGUUUUUCUUUACGUAAUUGUUUAGUCCGUCCGUCCAUCUGGCACUAAAUAUAAGUAGAUACAUCACUAAACUGAUAUUACUGUUGCUUAUAGUUUUGAAUUCUUAUCAUGAAAUUAUAUCAUAGAAGUGAAGUCUGCAAACGUGAUUUAACGCUGUUUUAAGGUGGGAAGCGAACAUAUGUAGAUAUGCUCAAUAUAAGGACAGAUUGACAAAAACGUUUCACUUUCGCACAUACACUACGCAACCUGACGACUAAGACAGACCGAGGAAAAGUAAAGACACAGUUACUAACAGGUCCUUACACAAGACACGCAUAUACACCCUAAUGACAGAAUGAUAAAAAAAAUAAAAAAAAGAUGUGGGUACAAACAGUGUAAUAUACAAAGCCAUAUACACGCACACGGGACACUCAUACUAAACACAUGGAUACAUAGACACACAUACACUCAGAUACAGACGUGAAUGCAUACGCAAAUAGAGAUACAUACCACAGAAGGACAAAAUGAAAUAGGCAGGACAAGAGGAGACGCAUGGGACAGAGAAUCGCUGAAGAGGUCACAGAAAGUGUGAAAGACCAAAUAAAUAGUAAGUGUGUUUAAUUGGCAAAAAAUGACCGUCUCAAGAUAUAUCAAUAUCUAUUUCAACACACGUUCUCACAUCAAGUAUCUUGCAAAACAAAUACUUAAACGUAACAAAGGUCUUGUCAUAUUUCAUUUGGUUAAAUCAUAUAAAAAUCUUGAUUGGACGUCAAUAUUUUUAAAACUUAGACAUGAUUCGGAGUUCAGACCCACUGCCUGAUACCUUGUGCAAGUGUCUUCUACUAUAGCUUCGAAUCGACAAAAGCCGUAUGAGUGGAUUUGGUAGACGGAAACUGAGAGAAGCC